AUGACUGCCCCCCGAGUGCAAGAGGAGAUCUCAGCUCCAAAUUCCUACUCCGCUCUUUCUAAGGGCUCCUUAAGGGCUGUUUCGAUGGAAAAUGGCAUUCAGUACAGCGCUAUUUAUUGGGAGACAGGACACAGAACAUGGCUUCCUUUUUGGGCUAGUAUGACACAGAAAUUUACUUGGAAAAUCAUAGACGAUCAGAUUCGCCGGUUUUGGGGUUUCACGAAAUCAAUUACUUCUGAGCCCUUCGUCUUCUAUUCUUCACCUCGCACGUACAUGCGGCAAUAUUUUGGUGAUCCUGAUGUUCAUUUAACAGCUCCUUUGAGCGUCAAGUGGAAUUUCGCAUUCUGUCCCACAGGAACAGAAACCUUUGAGGCAUAUGAUGCACAAGUGCAACAAGCACUUGCUGCAAAUGCAGAGCAGCAAACGCAUACAGAGGAAAACAAAAUAAGGGCGAUCAAUGCUAUUAUCAGAAGCUCACAACAGGCAGAAAGCCAGUAA